UGUGUUGCUUAGAAAUGCAGCACGUAACGUUUUUACCUGAAAGGUGUUAAUCGGAUGUGACAAAGUAUACAAGCUUGGUGGAUAAUGUCAGUCAGACUUGGCUAAUGUGUUGCUAUGGCUCCUACCAAGAAGGGCGAGAAGAAGAAGGGGCGCUCUGCCAUCAACGAGGUGGUGACCCGGGAAUAUACCAUCAACGUUCACAAGCGCAUCCAUGGAAUCUCAUUUAAGAAGAGGGCUCCCCGCGCCAUUAAGGAGAUCCGCAAGUUUGCCAUGAAGGAGAUGGGAACACCCGACGUCCGCAUUGACACUCGUCUCAACAAGGCCGUGUGGGCCAAGGGUGUGAGGAAUGUCCCAUACCGCAUGCGGGUGCGUCUGUCCAGGAAGCGUAACGAGGAUGAGGACUCUCCCAACAAACUGUACACACUGGUCACAUACGUGCCCGUUACCACGUACAAAGGUCUCCAGACAGUCAAUGUUGACGAGAACUAAGGAUUUGUGAAAAAAAUAAAUUUAAGAAAACAACA